AUUCUGUUAUUUGUCAAUCUCUCAAUACACAAAUUCGAAAAUGCAUCACACUUUGGCCCACAAAUAUUAAUGCUUAUUAGAAUAGUUUGUGCUCAGGGUACGUUAGAGGAUGGCAAAGAAGUUGCAGUUAAGAGGCUCUCAAGAACUUCUGGUCAAGGACAAAGAGAAUUCCUGAACGAAGUCGUUUUAAUCGCCAGAUUACAACACAGAAAUCUUGUCAGACUCUUGGGAUGCUGCCUGGAAAAAAAUGAAAAGUUACUUAUAUACGAGUAUAUGCCCAAUAAAAGCCUCGAUGUCUUUCUUUUUGGUUCUAGCAAUGGAGUCCUGCUUGACUGGCAAAGACGCUUGAGUAUUAUUAAAGGAAUUGCACGGGGGCUCUUGUAUCUUCAUGAAGAUUCUCGUCUUAGAAUUAUUCACAGGGAUCUCAAAACAAACAACAUUUUGCUUGAUUAUGAGAUGAAUCCGAAGAUAUCAGACUUUGGAAUGGCUAGGAUUUUCGAUGGAAAUCAAAGCGAGGCUAACACGAAUAGAAUUGUCGGAACUUAUGGAUACAUGGCCCCAGAGUAUGCUAUGGCGGGACUUUUUUCCGUAAAAUCCGAUGUUUUUAGUUUUGGAGUGUUGCUGUUAGAGAUUAUCAGUGGGAAAAAAAACUCUGCCUUUCAUCUUUCAGAAGAAGGCGAAAGCCUUUCCACUUUUGCAUGGAAACUGUGGUCUGAUGGUCAAGGCCUGGAAUUGAUGGACCCUAUGCUAGAGAAAUCAAGCGUGGCAACUGAGGUGCUGAGAUGCAUCCACAUUGGGCUGCUCUGCGUGCAAGAGGAUCCAGCAGAUAGACCCACAAUGUCAUCUGUGCUUCAUAAGUUGGCAAGCGAUACCAUAACACUCCCUAUCCCUAAACAGCCAGCAUUUUCUAUCGGCCGAUUUGUUGCCAUGGAAGGUCAAUCCUCAAAUCAGAAAGUUUGUUCUGCCAAUGAAUUAACCCUUUCCGUUUUAUCACCACAGUGACUGUAAAUUAAGUUUUAAAUUUAAGAGAAUGAAGUUGUAGCUCCUUCGACUGUUUUUCUUGACAAACACAGACAUUUCCAGACAGAUAUAAACAUAUCUUCUUGAUUUGUUUUUCUUCGCA